UGUUUAAUUUGCCAAAGCCUCUUCCAAGAAGAGAGAUACAAAAACGGAUUGAUGAGGAAAAGGAAUUGAUGUCAACAAGAUAAAUAAUAAAAUUUAAUUUUAAUGGAUCGCGAAACACGUAAAGCGAAUUUAAAAAAGCUCCGUUUAUCCGGUAUAAGGCAUAUUGGAAAAAGCGGUGAACAAAAUUUACGGAAAACUCGAUCGGUGCAUCCGACCAUAUCAAAAUAUUUUAACACUCCGAUUUCAAAUGAGUUAAAACACACAAUAUCUUAUAAAGAGAUGACCAAUGAUUGCGUCAAUAAAUUAAGUACUGCGGAUGAAACAUCUUGUAGUAAGGUAUCCAAUUCUGAAGAGGUCAUUAACCCGAAAAGCAGGAAGCGUAUUAAUCUAACUGACUUUGUUCUUAAAGAGAGCAAAAAUGUGGAAAAAGGUGGAGAGAUUUUCAAAUUGAAUAAUAAAGACGCCUUUGAAAUACCACAAAAGAAGGUUAAGAAACCAAACAAACUGCCAUAUUCAAAAAAGUCGGCAAAGUUCUCGAUGUUACGAGGUGCCAAUCAAAAGGAUAUUAAGACUUCUCUUCUGCGGAGUGAACAUGUAUUCACAGAAAUUGCUUCACAACAUUGUAGAGUAGAUAGCUUUAGUACAGAUGAAAUAGUUCUUGCAUUGGCUUUAUCAAAAUCAGAAAUAGAAAACAGUGGUCCAAUUUGUUUGGAUCCUGGAGAAAGCGAUGCUGAUCUGGAUGACCAUAACGAGCUAAAAAAUAUUCCGAAAAUACUCCAAGAAUAUGGAUUCCGUACAAAUUCCUUGGAAGAUUAUAAGAAUCUGGCGUCUGCAAUUGUCCCUGGUGUUAAUCGGCGCAAAAGAACUAAGUGGGCUAACAAGUUCUCUGCAUUGACAUUACGCGACUACCAUCUUCAAACAAGAAAAGUAGGAUCCAAAAUAAAUUUCCUAAUUGCCCAACAAAUUAAUUGGAACGAAGGUGAUGCCUAUGAAAAUGAAGUCGGAGCAUAUUCAUUAAUCAGUGGUGAGCUACAGAAGUUAAAAGCAGCCAAUACAGUGAGAAAUAGGGUUGAAACGAAAGAAAAAUGCAAUAUGGAGGAGUUUUAUGUAAAAAGUCUUCUUGAAGUUGCGCACGCACAGGCGGGAUGUUUGCUAAAAGACUGGCAUGCAUUACAAGGACGCGAUAAGUCCCCUGAAGGGAGAGUAAAAAACCAGGCUGUAAAUGCUGACAGAGAAAUGAAUCUAAUUUAUAUGAAGUUGGAAGAUCAUUUUGGAUUAAAAGAAAAAUCAAAACCAAGUCCACAUAAAAAUGACACAUUACAAAAUGAAGGGAAAAAAGGAACAAGUGAAGUUGAUAUCAAAUGCUGUUUUACAUUAAAAAAUGAUGAACAACUAGUCAGCCUUAGCUCAGAAAUGUCUGAAAGCUAUAUAAAAAAUGAAAAAUUACUUAAACACAACAGUGAGUACCAUUCAUGUAAUGAACCUUCAGAACGCUUAAACGCAAAUUCGGAUGAGUCUUGCAUUGGAAUAGAAUUAUUUAAACAUAUUUCUGAGGAAUGUGAAUUGAAUUCCAGCAGCACAUUACAAAAUAUUUCUGAGAAUUUCCACGGGACUUCCAGUAGAACUCGUAACUUAUCUCCAAAUAUAUUUGCUAGCUCCGACGAUGAGUUUGAAGACGUUUCUAGUAAAAAUCCGGGCACAGGUAGUCACCAACAGGAAUUUAACGUUAAAAAUGAAGCUCAGAGACAUGAUCAACACAACAGUAACACAGUGUCCGAACCGAACAACAAGUUAACAAAGAGAGUGAAUGUCACUCACUUCGCUGAAUAUCACAUCAACGAAUGAACACAACGCAAAGCAAAGCAAACGGACCGAGCAAGACAUUCG